AUGGCCCCUAAUACGAGAACUUCAAAGCGCAAGGCUGCGCCUGUUGCCGCCGACUCGCCCGCCAAAAAAACCAAACAGGCCGAGGCCAAGGCUGAAGCCCCCAAGGAGGCUGCUCCUAAGUCUAUCCUGAAGAAGAAGGAGACUGCCGCCAAGCCAAAGGCAGAGAAGAUCGAGAAGAAGACCGCCGAGCCUACUCGUCAAGCCAAGCCCCGCAAGCGCGCUGCCGAUUUCCUUACUGAUGAGGAGACCGAAGAGACUGCUGCGCCCGUGAAGACCGACAAGAAGACUGAGAAGAAGCCUGCUGAGAAGCCCGCCAACAAGAAGUCCAAGAAGGAGGAGGCUGCUGCCGCUCCCACUCCCAAGAAGGCCGCCCCCAAGAAGGCUGCCGUCAAAAAGACUGAGAAGAAGCCCGAGCCCGUCGUUGAGUCCGAAGAUGAGGAAGAUGUCCCCACAGCCAUUGUUGAAAGCGAGUCCGAGGCCGAGGAUGACCAAACCGCCGAUCUCAUCAAGGGCUUUGAGAGUAGUGACGAUGAAGAGUCCGGCGAGGGUUACAAAGAGGGCGAGCCCAUCCCCCAGGUCCCCGACACCAAGAAGGCUGAGCGCAAGCUUGCCAAGCAGCUCGCAAAGGAGCUGAAGAAGAACGGCCCCCCGAGGAGCCUGGCACUGUCUACAUUGGGUGAGUUUCAAAUUUCGAAUCAUUCGUCUAUUUUCAAAUCUAACCUUAUCAGACGCAUUCCCCACGGUUUCUACGAGCACCAGAUGAAAGCCUACUUCUCUCAAUUUGGUGAAAUUACCCGUCUUCGUAUCUCUCGCAACCGUCUCACCGGUCGCUCCAAGCACUACGCCUUCAUCGAAUUCUCUUCCACCACAGUCGCCAAGAUCGUCGCCGAGACAAUGGACAACUACCUUAUGUACGGCCACAUUGUCAAGUGCAAGUUUGUUCCCAAGGAACAGCUCCACCCCGAGGUUUGGAAGGGUGCCAACCGCCGCUUCAAGGUCACUCCCUGGAACCGCAUUGAGAAGAAGCGUCUCGAGAAGGGCAAGACCCGCGAGCAAUGGUCCAAGAGCAUUGAGUCCGAGCAGAAGAAGAGAUUGUCCAAGGCCAAGAAGCUCAAGGCUCUGGGCUACGAGAUCGACCUUCCCCAGCUGAAGAGCGUCGAGGACGUCCCCGUCCAGGAGGCUCCCAAGGCUGUUGAGGGUGAGACUACCGAGGCCAUCGAGCCCGCUACCGAGGAGCCCAAGGCUGUCGAGGCCCCUAAGGCUGUUGAAGCCCCUGCUUCUACCGAUGAUACCCCCAAGAAGACCAAGAAGGGAAAGAAGACAGAGGAGACUCCUAAGGAGGCUGUUGCAGAGUCACCGGCUGUCAAGUCGCCUGCUGCUAAAAAGGGAAAGGCCACCAAGAAGGCCACCAAGACCAAGGCCAAGGCGUAA